AUGCCCUCGGGAUCGUCUAAUCCCGGGCUGUCGACUUACCCCACACCCAUAUCACAAAUGUCGUAUAGCCAAGGUGCUCCAUCGUCGGCAUCGUCUAGUCCAUCGACAUCUCCAGAUGAAUUUCUCCCCAGUAGCGUGGCGAGUGAAGGUGAAGUGCCUAUCUACCCCAGUGGAGAUACACCGUCGAUUUGGCCGACUGAAGAGACAGACCUUCUCUUUCGUGACAUCGCGGGCAAGCUGACGUCCCCAACGAACGGGUACGAUGUACCUUUGCAGGAGGGGCCAGCUUUAGAGGGUGUGCAUUUGGCAGCCUAUGUCGGAUUCGGAGGAGCAGGAUUCGGAAGGAACGGUGAGCCAUUGGGGACGCUCACAGAGCCCGCAUAUACUUCAGACAAAUCUUUCCUCGGGGGCAUGAUGAGCGGAGUAGCGUCCACGAUGGACGGAUACAACAUACCUUUGGACCACGAAGCGGCGGAAGGAUACGACGCACCCGUUGAGAGCGGAGCAGUGUUAUUGGUAGAUGCUUGGGACAUGCCUUUGGCGAACGAGCUAGCUCCAGGAGGUGCCAACUCGUUGGCCUACGCGUGGCCCCAUGAGAGACUCGGCCAAGGCGAGAAUGAGCUGAAUGGAGCAGUAGUAGAGGUCCCACUUGCCCACAGAUGGGCCCUCACAAACCUGUAUGAGAUGCCUCUCGAGGGGUGGCCAAAUGCGAACGGUGGUCAUCUGUCCACCCAAGCAUGGUCCGAGGAGACACUGUAUCACGGUGGCAAUAUGCUCUACGCAGCUCAGACAGGGCCCAUCGUUAGCGUGGGCUUACCCUCCGUAAACUCACCUGUUUCACGGAACUGGUCCGGUUUAACUAGCUCGGGUCCGUACAUGUAUGAGACUGGACAGACCCUAUAUGAAGGAGCUAUCCAGGUAACUGUCCGAUUCACCUUCAUCCGCGCCUCGGCUCUCGGGAUAUAG